GAGGAGGGCGGGGGCGCCAGGCGGCUCCGGGGAGCCCAGGGACAUGGCACUGCCCGACGAUGAGGAGGGGACAACGGUGGCGAACGGGCACCCGCCCGCGAACGGAUACCUCCCGGUCCCGGGGGACGCGCCCGCUGGAAAGGUGAGCGCGGAGACGCAGAACGGGCCCAAAGCCGGCUGCCUGGCCCUGAAUGGGGUCUCUCGGGACAGCCCCAAGGCCCCCUCGGGAGCUCUGGACAGGCCGAAGACUCCGCUGGCCCCGGAGGAGGAGACCCAGGCCCGGUUGUUGCCCAAGGACCCCGGCGAGCAGACGCCGGCGGUCGAGGGCACCCUGGUGCCCCGGACUGCGCUCUCCGCGCGGCGCUUUUUGUUGCUACUGAUCUUCAGCCUGUACUCGAUGGUGAACGCGUUUCAGUGGAUCCAAUACAGCAUCAUCAGCAACGUUUUCGAGGGCUUCUACAACGUCUCCUCGCUGCACAUUGACUGGCUGUCCAUGGUAUACAUGCUGGCCUACGUGCCCCUCAUCUUCCCGGCCACCUGGCUGCUGGAUACCAGAGGCCUGCGGCUCACCGCCCUGCUCGGUUCCGGCCUCAACUGCCUGGGCGCCUGGAUCAAGUGCGGCAGCGUGCAGCAGCAUCUCUUCUGGGUCACCAUGUUGGGCCAGUGCCUGUGCUCUGUGGCCCAGGUGUUCAUCCUCGGCUUGCCCUCCCACAUCGCUUCAGUGUGGUUUGGGCCCAAGGAGGUGUCCACAGCUUGCGCCACCGCCGUGCUAGGUAAUCAGCAUUUUUUUGUGUAUAUGUGUGUAUUUUUGUUCUCCUUUUUUUUUUUUUUGGCGGUACGCGGGCCUCUCACCGCUGUGGCCUCUCCCGCUGCGGAGCACAGGCUCCGGAUGCGCAGGCUCAGCAGCCAUGGCUCACGGGCCCAGCCGCUCCGCGGCAUGUGGGAUCCUCCCGGACCGGGGCACGAACCUGUGUCCCCUGCAUCGGCAGGCGGACUCUCAACCACUGCGCCACCAGGGAAGCCCUUAUUCUCCUUUUUUAUUCUUGGAACUGCAGUUGGCUUUUUGCUGCCACCAGUUUUGGUGCCGAACACACAGAAUAACACACAACUGCUGGCUUGUAAUAUCAGUACCAUGUUUUAUGGAACUUCAGCUGUCUCCACACUUUUAUUUAUUUUAACGGUAAUUGCAUUCAAAGAAAAACCUCAGUAUCCACCAAGCCAGGCUCAAGCAGUUCUCCAAGACAGUCCCCCUGGAGAGUAUUCCUAUGGGAAAUCAAUAAGGAACCUAUUUAAAAAUAUUCCUUUUGUCCUUCUAUUGAUCACUUAUGGUAUCAUGACUGGAGCAUUUUAUUCAGUCUCAACAUUAUUAAAUCAAAUUAUACUGACAUACUAUAAGGGAGAAGAAGUGAAUGCUGGAAGGAUUGGGCUAACGCUAGUGUUAGCUGGAAUGGUGGGCUCUAUUCUUUGUGGUUUAUGGCUGGAUUAUACCAAAACAUACAAACAUACUACUUUGACAGUUUACAUUUUGUCUUUUGUUGGAAUGGUUAUAUUUACUUUCACACUAAACCUUGGACACAUUAUCAUCGUGUUUGUCACUGGAGGGUUGCUUGGUUUCUUCAUGACUGGUUACCUCCCCUUGGGUUUUGAAUUUGCUGUUGAAAUCACUUACCCUGAGUCUGAAGGUACUUCAUCUGGUCUUCUUAAUGCUGCUGCACAGAUAUUUGGAAUUUUAUUCACAUUGGCGCAAGGAAAGCUCACAUCAGACUAUAGUCCUACGGGAGGGAACAUCUUCCUCUGUGUUUGGAUGUUUGUAGGCAUCAUUUUAACAGCAUUAAUCAAGUCCGAUCUGAAAAGACACAAUAUAAAUAAAGGAAUUACAAACGGCGAUAUUAAAGCUGUAAGUAGUGAAUAUUUUUAUGAUUAUACUAUUGGGAAAUGUGUGCCUAGAGUGAGUAUAAACCCGUCUGCCCCAUCAGCUGUUUUUUUAAUUCCUGUGGCUCUGUCAUAAUGGCAUAUGCCAGAUACGUACUGUAAAUUUUUUAUCCUCUUAUUCUUUCUACAGGUACCAGUUGAUAGCCCCACAGAUGAAGAAUCAAAAACUAUUCUGAUGUCCAAGCAAUCAGAAUCAGCAAUUUGAGGUGAAAGGAAAAGUUAAUAUCAUGUGAUAAUUGAGUAAUAAAGCUUAGUUUAUAGGUUGUGGGGAAUGGACACUUACUUGAAAAUUAUUGUAUGACUCCUAUAUGCAGUUACUGUUCUUAUUUGUUAAUUUAAGCAAUAUUUUGCUUAAAAUACUUUUGUUUACCUCAUUUUAACACUACCAUUUAUCUAAUGAGUGUCCCAUCUUAUAUUAUUGACCUAAAAGUAAGCUUCUUGACAUUUGGUUUUUAAAAGUGAAUGUUCUUUUUGUAGAAAAUGGAAGCUUAGAAGGCUUUCUAAAAUGAUCAUAUGGAGGUCCAAUCCCUUCAGGUCACAUAGGAGUACAUGCAAUUUUUUUAUAUAAAACUAUCCAGUGGAACCAAGUGUACAACGUAUUCCUAAUUAUCUCCCUUUCCAUUGUUCAGACCAGCUUUCCAAGCCCCCUCAGUGUGAAUACAGUCUACGAAUAUGACACUUCUAACCCACCAAAUGACACUAUUGGGAUGAGACUUCCAGAUGACCUCUUAUGAUUUUUCCCAUUUCUUACAUUCUUGUUAGAAAAUACUUUGUAACAGGUACUGUCAGUGACCAUAAAAACUUUUCUGUGUGCAGACGGAACCCAUAACUUUGGUCUUAGGCAUAUGUUCUCAUUAAGCGAAGUAGCUCAGACACAGACUCAUUACCUUGAGUUCUUCUUUGUGCUGCCUUCCCAUUCAUCGUAAGAAUGCUAACACUAUAUUUUUCCACUCCAACUUGAUAUAGAGUAGUUUUGUAUGCACUACCUUUUUUUACUCUUUUUUUCUUCAAUAUAUAACUUUCUAGUAAGAAAAUUUCAUCCUAUGUGUUACUGGCUUUUUCAUGAUUUUUUGUAUCACACCUUAUACUUUUGCCUUGAAGAUUCCUGAGAUAAGGAACUCUGUAAUAACUUCAGGUAGCCUAGGUAUUCCCAUUUAGUGGAGACCUCUUGAAAUGCUGUCUGUUCUAAUUCAGAAAAUCAUUCUUUAUGGAAUCUUUAUCAUUCUUUGAGGAAUCCUGUGCCCAGGUCUGUGCUCCCUCAGUGUGUUGGGGGAGUGGAUUCUUUUCUUCACCACAGAAUGUGCAUAGGCUCCAAACUGUUGGAACAUCUGCUCUUUUACAUGCUCAGGGUAAGGAGAAUAGGACCAAAUGCAUUUCCACAGUGCCUACCACUGCGUUUUGUUUACAGUGAGAAUCUCAAUGUUGUUCAUGUCCUGGCUCUCUAAGCUGAUAGGGAAUAUCUUUAGAGUAAUGGCAUUUAAACAGCCAUAAUAUUUAUAUUAUGUCCACAGAAACACAAAAAGCCAAUCAGGUAUUCCCUUGAAUAUCCUUGAAGUGAAUUAGCAAUUCUGAUUUGGGUGUACUAUAUGCAUCGCUUUAUACUGAAAUUAUAACAUUCUCUGUAACCAAACGACAGUAAAUUAUGUGGAAUCUUACCUUGGAGAACGUGUUACCAGAAGAACUUAGCUGGGAAUCAGGAACUUCAGGUCUAUGUCCUGGAUCUGUUUCUAGUUUCCCUGUAAAUCAGGCAGCACUUUCCUCAUCCGUAUAAUGAAUGUGUAAAAUUUGAUCUCAGAGAUCUUUUUUGAAUUUUAAAUGCACUCAUGGGGGGAUAGACCAAAUCAUUGUACCACAGGAACUUAAAUCUAGCUGUAGAAAAAUUCCCUGGACAGUUGAAUAAACAACUGUGGUUGUUACCUUGUAGAUACAGGGAACUUAAAAUCUGUUUUUAGAACUCCCCUGGUGGCACAGUGUUUAAGAAUCCGCCUGCCAAGGCAGGGGACAUGGGUUCAAGCCCUGGUCCGGGAAGAUCCCACAUCCUGUGGAGCGUCUAAGCCCGUGCACCACAAAUACUGAGCCUGUGCUCUAGAACCCGCGAGCUGCAACUACUGAGCCCGCGAGCCACAACUACUGAAACCCAUGCACCUAGAGCCUGUGUCUGCAACAAGAGAAGCCACCACAAUGAGAAGCCUGUGCACCACAACGAACAGUAGCCCCUGCUCACCACAAUUAGAGAAAGCCCUCACGCAGCAACAAGACCUAACACAGCCAAAAAUAAAUUAAUUUAAAAAAUAUGCAUGACAAAAUUUUUAAAAAAUAAAAUCAAAUCUGUUUUUAGCCUUUUUGUUCAGUUGGUGAUAGCUCAGGCAGAAUAUGCUGAAUCAUUAACUUCCUUAGAUAUUUACGUCACAGAUUUUAUGGCCAAAAAUAUAUUUUAAGGUACCUCCUCUAAAUAAUUGUUUUUACUUUUAAACAGUCAAUGUUAUUUCAAAUAAUCAUAUACUUGUCAAGUUCCUGAGGUUUGAACAAAUUACAGAUAAAAGUUGGAAUAUUUUAUUUCUAAAAAGCAUAUAUACAUAUAUGUCAUAUGUAUUUUUCCUUGUUGAUUAGAAAAAGAAUGAAAUAUGAUGUGACAAAACACAAAAUGAAUUGAUAAUUUUUCUGUAUUUUGAAUUAAAUUUGUCUGUAAUACAUCAAACAAGAAUGUCAUGUAAUUCUAUGUCGUAGCUUUGGAAUAUGGAGUUGGUAACUAUCACUUGUGUAAAUUUUAAUCAAGUGAUUUUAGAAAGAAACUGGAUGCUUUCAAAAGCUCUUGUAUUUAUAAAUGUUGCAAAUAUAGCUUUUGCCUUUUGUGAAUGUUGGAGAAAUGUCUUUAAAAAUGUGUUUUAAAAAUAUGUGUAAACAUAGAGUAUUGCCAGAAGAAUGCCUGUCGGUCUUAAGUCAUUUUUCAUGUUCUGAUUUUUUCUUUUUGUACUAUUUAGCUGUAUUCUUGUUCUUCAGUUAUUUCAGACUUGAGAUAAAUUUAUUUUUUUAA